AUGGCCCGCGGAAUCAAGAAGCACCAGAAGCGCCUUAGUGCCCCCUCGCACUGGCUGCUGGACAAGCUGUCCGGCACCUACGCCCCCAAGGCGUCCGCCGGUCCCCACAAGCUGCGCGACUGCAUGCCCCUGAUCGUCUUCAUCCGCAACCGCCUGAAGUACGCCCUCAACUACCGCGAGACCAAGUCGAUCCUCACCCAGCGCCUGAUCAAGGUCGACGGCAAGGUCCGCACCGACAUGACCUACCCCGCCGGCUUCAUGGACGUCAUCACCAUUGACAAGACGGGCGAGAACUUCCGUCUCGUCUACGACACCAAGGGCCGCUUCACCGUCCACCGCAUCCAGAAUGAGGAGGCCGAAUACAAGCUCGGCAAGGUCAAGCGCGUCCAGCUCGGCCGUGGUGGAAUCCCAUUCUUGGUCACGCACGAUGCGAGAACCAUCCGCUACCCCGACCCCAUGAUCAAGGUCAACGACACCGUCAAGAUUGACCUUGCCACAGGCAAGAUCAGCGACUUCAUCAAGUUCGACACUGGCGCCAUUGCCAUGGCCACCGGUGGUCGCAACAUGGGUCGUGUCGGUGUCAUCACCCACCGUGAGCGCCACGACGGAGGCUUCAACAUUGUCCACAUCAAGGACGCCAUUGACAACUCGUUCGCCACCCGUGAGAGCAACGUUUUCGUCAUCGGCCAGGAGAAGCCCUGGAUCUCCCUGCCCAAGGGCAAGGGUGUCAAGCUCUCCAUUGCCGAGGAGCGUGACCGCCGCCGUGCCCACGCCAUUGCCAACUAA